CUGAACAUCCUCAUGCUGAUUAGCUGAAUUGAUGUCAGGUGUGCCGCUGCAGCAGUCUGCAGGGCUGUUAGCUGGAAAGAGAAGAGAUUUUUUUCUUCUCCCCUCUUCUAGUCCACACAGCAGAAACAGAUCUAAGCACCUGUGAAAUGAGUAGCAGAAUACGUUCUGUGUUAGCGUUCAUCCGUUCCCUGGCCCGUAAGAAGCCUUUGGAGCCAGCAGGUGAGCAGUCCAACUUCUGCCGAUGCUUGACCAGCCUGGAUCUGAUUGGCCUGGGUGUUGGCGGCACGCUUGGAGCAGGGGUUUACGUGCUCUCAGGGGAGGUGGCGAGGGAAGUGGCUGGUCCUAGUAUCGUCAUCUCUUUCCUGGUUGCUGCAGUGGCUUCAGUCUUUGCAGGGUUGUGCUACGCUGAGCUUGGUGCUCGUGUGCCAAAGAUGGGCUCGGCCUACCUUUACAGCUAUGUGACUAUAGGAGAAGUGUGGGCAUUUGUGACUGGCUGGAAUCUGCUGCUGUCCUAUCUCAUUGAAACAUCUAGUAUAGCCAAAGCCUGGACUGGAGCAUUUGAUGACCUGAUACACAAUGUUAUGGCUAAGCAUCUAGGGGAACACACACCAAUGGACUCACCUGGCUUGGCUGAAUACCCAGACUUCUUUGCUGCUGCGCUGAUUAUGUUGCUUGCUGGGGUGCUUGCAUAUGGUCUGAAGGAGUCUGCAAUUGUGAAUACUGUUUUUACAGCAGUAAAUGUGACUGUGUUGAUUUUUAUCAUCACUUCUGGCUUUAUAAAAGGAGAUCUCAAAAACUGGCACAUCAGUAAAAAGACAGUUCUAAAUGCAACUUGGGAAAUUAUGAAACUUGAGCCGAAUGAAACUGUUGACUUUGGUGUUGGCGGCUUUUUCCCCUUUGGUUUUGAUGGAACUUUGGCCGGGGCAGCAACCUGUUUCUAUGCUUUCUUUGGAUUUGACUGCAUUGUUGCUACUGGAGAGGAGGUGCAGAACCCACAGAAAGCCAUACCUCUUGGGAUUGUGGUAUCCCUGCUUAUUUGCUUCGUGGCUUUUUUUGGCGUGUCGGCUUCCCUGACACUUAUGAUGCCCUACUAUCUGCUUGACGCUCACAGUCCAUUACCUGUGGCCUUUGAGUACAUUGGCUGGGAGCCUGCAAAGUAUGCUGUUGCUGUAGGAUCCCUUUGUGCACUGUCAACAAGUUUGCUGGGAGUGAUGUUGCCAAUGCCACGGGUGCUGUAUGCCAUGGCCAGAGACGGCCUGCUCUUCAAGCCACUCAGCUACAUGAGUUCCAGGCAAAGUCCUGUCUUGGCUACAUUGUCCUCAGGAGCUGUGGCUGGUAAGGCAGCUCUUUUUAACCCCUAGCAAAUAGGUUAUUAACCAAUUUCAACUUUUUUGGUGUUCACGAAAUCAAAAACAGGUGCAGCAGAGGGGCAACAAUAUGUCAACACCCAAAACUGGAAUUAUUUUCCAUUCUCAAUAAGGGAUGUGCUCAGGCCUCCAUUUCGAGCUACCCACCGCACCUCUAAAAAUGUCACCAUUCUCACCAUCAUUAUCUUGUUCCUGGUAAUCGUUUUAACCGUGCUCCUGUCUGAGGCCUUGUACUCACUCAGCAGACGGGAACUAUGGAGCGUGCUCCUCGUCUCUGUCCUCGUGCUGACAUUGGUCCUUGCUGUUGUUAUCAUCUGGAGGCAGCCACAGAGCAGGACUAAAGCUUCUUUCAUGGUUCCCUGUGUACCUGUAAUUCCAGUUUUAAGUGUCUUCAUUAAUACCUACUUGAUGGUUCAACUGGAAGGAGAAACCUGGGUCAGCUAUGCUGUUUGGAUGGCAAUUGGUCUGAUCGUAUACUUUGGCUAUGGAGUUCGUCAUAGUGUCCAGAAACAAAGACUCCAAGAAGCUCAUGAUCAGCUUAGUAGCAAUAACCUAAGCAGUAAUGUUGUGGAUUGUGCUGCUUGAUGCUGUGUUCCACAGCAUAUUUAAGAUGAUCAAGAAAUCACCUUAAAAUCCUAUUUUGGAAUUUUACCCUGACUGACACAAAGCUGGUAUGUUUCCUUUGAUGCAUAUUGUUUAGCUAACAACUGCCUGAACUAAAUAUUACCAUGGCAACAAAUGUUGCAGUUCUAUGUUUUGGUUUGAUCAGUCAAUCUGUGUUAUGCAAUCUUGGCUAUUGUUGUUUAAUGUUAGUAUUUCUGAGUUAAUAUUUCACUUUUUAAAUAUUGAUGUAUGUUUCUGAAGUUGGG